AACCAGAUGAAAAUAAGGUAAGUACGAGGGGAGCGAGGCUGCCUGCACUGCCGGGAAGACUGAAGAGCCGGAGCUCCGACCCGCCUGUUGCGGCGGGCGGUGGCGCCGGAGGCCGGGCGCUGGCGGGGAUGCCCGGGCUGGCGGGACGGCAUAGCCCAGCCGGGAUGCUCGAGGGCUGCGGCCGGAGCCGCGGGGCAGAGCGGCAGCAUGCCCCGGGGCAGCGCAGCGCUUCGCGGGGUUCGGGCGCUGCGGAACCACGCCGCUCCGCUGGGCUGCCGCCGGCUCUGUUAAUACGUCGUCUCUACAGUGGUUUAAACAUUCGAAUCAAAAAACAGACCCCAAACCGCUCACGAAAAUGGGGAACUAACAGCUAUCUGGAAGCACGCUUAUUGGAAAAGAGGAAAGCUUUCCCUACUUGCAGAAAAAGUGAUUGGGGGAUUAAAAACGUGGGUGUCUGGGGUUUUGAUGAUGUUGUUUUGCUUUUAUUUUCUCCUACAGUCUGCAACUAAAGAAGUUCUUUUCCCACACGGUGGAUGCUGAAAGUCUCUAACCAAAUAUCUCAGUAACGUGGAUGGUGUGAUUAUCAUGUUGUUAGGCAUUCCCUUAUUGAUAUGCACCACACUUAGCGUCUGAUCUCCAAAAUAUACGUCAGAGCAGUUUCUCAGUUUCUGACAUGGUUAGAGAGCCUGUCCUGCAGUGCAACACUGUCGUGGUUCUUCAAGUUAGGCGCCUUUUAUUUUUAUCUGUAUUUACUUCGCUGUUACAACAUCCCGCGGGACCGGUGUAUUUAAAACAAGAGGACGGGCACACACACAGGGAGCCACGGAGAGCCCCGGGAGCUCAGGGGCGGCGGGGGUCCCGCCGCGGCACGGCCCGAGCAGCAGCGGCAGCUCCGGCACAGACCGCGGGCUGCAGCGGGUACCGGCGCUUCCCAGCGAGGGCAGCGCCUACCUGGGCACCCGGCAGCGCAGCGUUCCUCGCAGAGGCCGCCUCACUGGAACAUAAAGCCCCCAUAAAGAGGCUAGAUACAAAGCAAGGAGCCCACAAACACAGUUUGGGGAUGAUGGGUAGCGGGGGGACGUGCAUCCGGUGUUCACCACGGGAGUCUUCGGGAAGCUUGAUUUCAACGCCGCGUUGUAUCGCUGCCGAUGAGCCGGGUGCGGGUGGCCGGGUUUGGCCAGGGCGACGAGCCCCGCGCAGCUCCUCGCCAUCGCCCUCCGCGAGCACCUUUUCGCGCACGCACAACCUCCGCCCUCCGGGAGCACGGGGCAAUCCUCCCCUGACCUUACAGACCGCUUCCCGCCGACGCAGGCCGGCGGGAUUCCUGCGGUCUCCGCGGCCGACCCGCCAGCGGGUCCGUCCGCCUCCGGUCACGGCGGGCACCUGGCUGUCGCGGGGCAGCAGCGCAGCCCUCCUUCUCAUCCACGGACCGUCUCGAGGCUUCCCCGCAUUCAUUCUUGCACGCCGGCAGAACCAGACCACGCUGCCGAAGCCGGCGGGCGAGCGGCAGCAGUUUCCCGGCGGGGGCCAGCGGCAGAGGGUCCCUCCGCCGGGCCGGGAACGCCGGCCGCACCCGGGGUCUGCGCUGCACCCCUCCUCGCCCCCACCCCAAAACCCAUCUGCCUCCCUCCCCCCUCAGCGCCGUGACCGCCGGCGCGGCCUCGGCCGGCACUGCUUUUCGGACGCCCGAGAUUCCCAUUCCCCUUGGGAGAACAGCCCCCGAUCUGGCCAGCGGCCCUCGGUGUCCCGCGGCCGCCGGCAACACCCCCGAGGCUGCUGCCUGGCGGGGCGAAGUCGCCCCCGCGAGCCCCGGGCGCGGCACACGCGCGACAGCGCAGCGCUGCGCGGGCCCCGCGCGCCCCCUUGCGCCGGGCUCCGCGUUUUCCUCCAUUGCUUUCUGAAAACAGAAAGAAAAUUCACAGACCAAAAUUACUGUACGUUUGAAGACAGAAGGCAAUGGAAGACUUCAUCAACAGACUGCAGUUGCCGAAAGGAGCAGGAAUAUUUUUCUGCGACCAUAACAUUUGCGCCUGGCUUUGGUUGGUGCCCCAUCCGGGGAGGACGCCCGCGAGUGGCAUGUUCUAGCCGGCCCACGCUAGAUGGCAAUGCUUGCGCGGCUCUGCAAAGCGGGACAGAGAAGGCAGCAUCGGCCCUUUGUGGCCUGCCGUGA